UGUCUGUAGUAGUAGUCGGCCAGACGCAUUUUUUUCUUUCUUUUUUUUCUUUCUUUUUGCUAUGAGUUAGUGGGUGAGAGAAGCUGAUUGGAUGUUGCUAAGGACAAAGACCUCAUUCAUGUCCCGAAAUCGUGGCAGAUAUGCUAAUUGUAGACACAACUCCCUGCGUAGUGCCCAGAGAUGGAAGUACCUUUUAUUCUGUUGCUGAUGAUAUCUCUGGCGGCGAGAUCACAGGCGACAUCACACACACACAGAGGAAAAGAGCUCAGGAUUCAUAUUGAGUUUGUAGAUAGCUCAAUUGCGCCAACUGUACAGGAGGAGAUCAGACAUGCUGUGGCUUACAUGUCUCAAGUAGUGAGAUUGAAACAUGCUGAUGUAGGGCCUGUGUUCCGCCUCCCUAGAGACAUGAGGGCUUGUGUGGCCCUCUACACUGAGGGCCCUAAUGUUGGCAAGUGUGCUGGAGUGUCUGCAAGGUACACAGGGGACUACUGCGGGAAGGCUCUCAUUCCCGAGGCCCACCUGGAGGGAUUGAAGGUCUUCAGCAAGGAUGAACCUCGCUGUAACUCUGACUCCCUACCAGAAGGAAAGGGCUUCAGGAAUGGCACAAACUUCAUACUCUAUGUAAUGUCCAGUUCUGAUACAUUCUGCAGCCAUUCACAUGCCGUUUCAUCAACAUGCCGUUUUAGCACAACACUGGUUGGUGGUGAAAGGAGUGGGCGGCCUUUAGCUGGAACAGUAACAGUAUGUAAAGACCGCUUGUAUGAACUGACACCCGUGUUGUUGAAGCGGAUAAUUGUCCAUGAGGUAAUACAUCUUUUGGGUUUCAAUUAUAGAAGUAUAAUGGAAUUCAUAGAAUGUGACGGAGAAAGAGACCCACAUACUUCAUUGGAAAAUUUGAAUGUGUCUAGCCCAUUAAUGGUUGAAAAUCAAUAUCUCCUGUGUUGGAAAAGGAGAGAUGUCCUUAAGGUUUUAGGCGAGAAAGAGAUCAUUGUUCAGUCACCACAGUUAACAGUAGCAGCAUUGCGACUUAAAGAAUACUUAAAUCAGACGGUAGAUUGUAGCUCAUACAACCAGAGUUUUGGUGUAGAGGAACCUUUUGAAUAUACUGAUGGUUCUGUACCUGAGCAAGAAUAUGACAUGUAUGAUAGAAAUGAUACCCUUGAUGGGAAUGACUCUCCUCUCACCACGUCUGGAGGAGUAGCUUUGGCCACAACUAGAACAGGGAUACACUGGCCAGCGGAGCUUUUUUCAGGUGCUUUUUCUGUAAUGACACCUGGGAGCUUAGAGUCUAGAACUGUUGUUAUUGACCCUUUGACUGUAGCAAUCUUGAAAACCACUGGAUGGUACAGAAUCAGUGAAAUUGCAGUAAGUUGUAUAAAUUGUUUUCUGAAUGAUAUGAUACAAUUUCCACAAUGCAUUUAUAUGGAGAAUCGAGGAGACAAAAGCGAUGAAACCAUAGACUACGAUUCAGCAGAAGACUGCUCUUUUGACCACAAAAGUUCCAGAACAAAAAUACAUGUGAUACCUCAAGAUGUUUCAUCUGCAGUCAGUAAUGAUUCAAAUCUAAGUGUUAGUGAUACAGUUUCAGAAGAAAGAAAUGUAACACUGAUUUGGUUAAACAGAACUGAUCCUGAUAUACCAGAAAAGUCAAAGAGACGCAGGAAAAAGAAAAAUAAGAGGAAACAGAAGCAGAAAAAACAUAAUUUUGAUAGUGUAGUUUCAGUGACUUCUGAAGCGGCACACCAUAGGAUAUCACCAUUACUUGUAUUUGUGCUGUGGCUUAUUCUCUGUAGCCGGACUUUUGCGUGGCAUUCAAAGAUGCCAGCUCUCAUCACUCUCCAGACCUGCACUCAGCCAACAACAGCUGAUGGAGAAGGAAAAUGAUAGUGGCUCAGAUGUUCAAGAAGAACAAAUGAGGGCAAUUUUGAAGUAUCCAGAUUAUUUUAAAGUUGCCAGUUUAUUUACUGUAGAAGACCUUUUCAAAGCCCGAGUUCACCUAGGACACAAAGAGGGGUCUCUUGAUCCGUGCAUGCAUCCCUUCAUCUUUGGGUCUCGCCUUGGUCAUCUCAUCAUAGAUCUUGACCAGACAUCGCAACAUUUACGUGAAGCUCUGAACUUCACAGCUCACAUAGCUUACCGUGGAGGAAUCAUACUUUUUGUCUGUAGGAAUCCACAAUUUCAG